AAGGUGUUAUCUAAUAGAAGUCUACUACAUUGUAAUGUACGUCUGCCGAUUUAGUUUAUAGCCUAAGUCUGCGGAAACCAGACGAACCGUAAAAUGCUGGCUCUGCAGUUAGUUGGUCUGUUCCUGGUUCUACCUGUUUACAUCGAAUCUGCCAGGAUAUUAGCCAUAUUUCCCUAUCCUGGACCUUCGCAGUACAUCAAUGUUGUGCCUUAUCUGAAGACACUGACCUCCCGGGGUCACCAGGUGACCUCGAUUAAUGCAUUUCCCCAAAAGAAACCAGUUGAAAACUUUCGAGAUAUUCCCAAUCUGGAAGUGUUUGACAAUUACAAUGAAAUCAUAAACGAUCUUAAAGAUCCCCAGAACAUUUGGGAGGAGAACAAUUUCAUAAACAACUUUUUUUUGAACAUCACUCGCUCUGUUUUCACCAACAAAAAGGUGGCGGAAACCCUUUUGCCUCCAGGAAAGGAUCACUUUGACUUGAUCAUUGUGGAGGCUCUACGCGGAGAUGCUUUUUAUGGAUUUGCAGCGCACUUCAAUGCUCCCAUUAUUGGAAUCUCGACCUUUGGAACCGAUUGGAACAUUGAUGAGCUGGUGGGCAAUGUUUCCCCUCUGUCGUACACUCCUCUGGUAACAGCGGGCUUCACGGAUCGCAUGACUUUCAUGGAACGCGUGUCUAACUUUUUGGAUACUACAAUUGCCUGGUUAAACUAUAAUUUGGUACACAUGCCAAAACAGGAGAAGAUGUAUAAGCAGUACUUUCCAGAGGCCUCAAAAAGGGUUCCUCUAUCCCAGUUGAACAGAAACUUUUCUCUGAUUCUGCUGAAUCAGCACUUUUCGCUGAGUUUUCCGCGUGCAUAUGUACCUAAUAUGAUUCAAGUUGGAGGUCUGCAUAUAUCUCAUAAACCAGCUCCUUUGCCGAUGGAAUUAGAGGAAUUUGUUCAGGGCUCUGGUGAGCAGGGAGUGAUCUACUUUUCACUGGGAUCCAAUGUUAAGAGCAAGGAUCUUCCGCCGGAAAGAAGAGAACUGAUUCUAAAAACCUUUGCCAGCCUUCCGCAACGAGUUCUUUGGAAAUUUGAGGACGAUCAGCUGCCGGGAAAACCAAAGAAUGUGUUUAUAAGCAAGUGGUUCCCUCAGCCGGAUAUCCUGGCACAUCCGAAGGUCAAGUUGUUUAUAACCCACGGUGGAUUACUAAGCACCAUUGAGAGCAUUCACCAUGGCAAACCAGUUUUGGGUCUUCCCUUCUUCUACGAUCAAUUUUUGAAUGUAAAGAGGGCCACUCAAGCAGGAUUCGGCUUGGGUUUAGACCACAAUACAAUGACCCAGCAGGAGUUCAAGGUCACCAUUGAGCGGUUGAUCAACGAGCGGCAGUUUGCCGAAACGGCCAGAAAGAUGUCGAAUCGUUAUCGGGAUCAACCCAUGAGUCCUUUGGACACGGCUAUUUGGUGGACAGAGUAUGUCCUGCGGCACAAAGGAGCUUAUCACAUGAGGGUAGCUGGCCAGGACUUGGGUUUCUUCGCCUACCACAGCUUGGAUGUCAUGGCCUUCCUUUUGGGUUGUGCUCUCCUGAUCCUUUCGAUAAGUAUUUGGAUUGUUUGGAAAACAGCUACGUUAGCUGGUUUCGGAAACUCAAAAAAAAGCAAAAAACUCAUUAAAAGGAAAUGACAUCUUAACAAAUAACAUUAGGUUUGUAAUUUUAAAUUUUUUAAUAGGGUGAAAUAAAGAAACAUGUAAAAGUUAACUUAA